UAUUAAUUGUGCGGAAUAAAGUGAGUCGUCCCGCGAGAUUUAGUCGAUGUUUUGCGGCUAAAGAGUGUGGUUCGCGCGAAACGUUCAAGAAAGAUAAACUGUUGAACUGGAGCAGUCCAAGGGAUUCAGAAUACCAGUAUGUUAGCCUCCGCUUCCGUCCGUCUGGCGCUGUUCGCCGUGAUAAGCUCGCAGACUCUGCAGCUCCAGGCUGCACCGUUCCCAGGAAUCGAGAAUGCUGCCUUCACCAGCCAAGAUUUAUUGGCCGAGGAAUCGGCGCCAGUACAGCACAAUCGGCACCGUCGCCAUCACGGGGACGGCAAUUACCACGAACACCACCACCACAAGCGGCACUGGGAUCACCAUUUUCCGGGUCCCGACUGCCAUCACCAUCACCACGAAGGAUUUGGAUUUGAGCAUCCACCACAUGGACCGCCAACCUAUGGGCCACCACCCCACAGAUUCGAGCCACAUGGCUUCGAACCGUUUCCAAACACCUUUGGAGCCCCGGAAUAUGAGGAGCACCAGCGGCCCUUUAAGGCGGAAUUGGAGCCUUUCAAAGAAGACAACGCGGGAUCGAGAUCCCAAGAGACCCCCAGACAGCCCGGCCCAAAUAGCGUAGCUCCACCACCCGCAGCUCCCACUACUCCGACCCCAACCAGCACCACCACCACCAGCACCACUAGCAGCACCACCACAUCCACCACUGCGGCACCCAUCAGCUCCACCACCACUGAAGAACCCGCUCUGGCCAUCGACAUUCGCAUUGGCUAACGACCUAGACUUUAGCCUCGAUUCUAUUUUAUAUCUUGUGACAUUAAAGUUGCUACCCAAACCACAA